AUGAAGGAAGAAGAAGCCCUGCAGAAGCAAAAAGAUAAAGAGUUCAGCAAGAGGGCUAAGUCUGCUGGUAAUUUCAGUCAUGGAGGACCUCAAAGUGAUGGCAACCGUCAUUUUUUUAAGAAUAGGUCAUCAAGACCUGCUCCCUCAACAGCUAGUGCUCCAUUUCUGAGGUCCAAGUUUAACCAGAAAGACUGGAACUUCGGAACGACAGGAUCACAUUCACAGGCCAGCGUGACCAACCGUGGUUUUCAACACCCUACUUGCAACACUUGUGGUAAGAGACAUUCAGGAGUAUGCCGUUUGGGCAUGGAUGGUUGUUUUGGGUGUGGUCAGCCGGGUCAUUUUCUGCGGGAUUGUCCGUCUGCAAGACGGAAUACCGGAGGUAACAGUAAUGUAGCUCAGUCCACAAAUUCAGCAGCUCACCAAAAUUUCCAAGCCCAGCAGGGGCGCGGAGCAGCAAAGCCCGGUAAUACGGGCGGUGGUCAGAAUCGUGUGUAUGCACUGUUAGGUCGCCAGGAUACAGAGGCUCGUGGAGAUCAGUUGAACAAGGUCACCAUUAAAAAUAAGUAUCCUAUUCCCAGAAUAGACGACCUAUUUGAUCAACUUCAGGGUGCUCAGUGUUAUUCCAAGAUUGACCUCAGAUCAGGCUACCAUCAGUUAAAAGUUAAGGAAGUUGACAUUCCGAAGACCGCUUUCAGAACCCGUUAUGGUCAUUUUGAAUUUCUUGUCAUGUCAUUUGGGUUGACGAAUGCACCAACAGCUUUCAUGGAUCUUAUGAAUAGAGUCUUCAAGACUUAUCUUGAUUUAUUCGUCAUUGUGUUUAUUGAUGACAUACUGGUGUAUUCCCGUAGUGAGACAGAUCAUGCAGAGCAUCUCAGAAUAGUGUUGCAGACACUGAAGGAUCGUGAGCUUUAUGCAAAAUUCUCAAAGUGCGAGUUUUGGCUCAAGUUAGUGGCCUUCCUAGGCCAUGUAAUCUCAGGUGAAGGUGUUAAGGUGGACCUUCAGAAAAUUAACGCUGUCAAGAACUGGCCUAGACCCACCUCAGCAUCAGACAUCAGAAGUUUCUUGGGUCUGGCAGGUUAUUAUAGGAGUUUUGUUGAGGGAUUUUCCUCUAUCUCAUCUCCGCUGACUAAACUGACUCAGAAGAAAGUCAAAUUCCAAUGGUCAGAUGCUUGUGAGCGAAGCUUUGAAGAGUUGAAGAAGCGAUUGACUUCUGCUCCAGUUUUGACGCUGCCAGAGGGAACUGAAGGGUUCGUGGUUUAUUCGAAUGUUGUAGCUGAUGCUCUUAGUCGGCGUUCCAUGGGAAGUCUAGCCCACGUGGACGAAGAUAAGAGAGUUACGACAAAGGAAGGUAAUUGGGAUGACCAUUUACCUCUCAUCGAGUUUUCCUAUAAUAACAGUUAUCAUGCUAGCAUUGGAAUGUCACCGUUUGAAGCUCUGUAUGGGCGAAGGUGCAGAUCACCAAUUGGUUGGUUUGAAGUAGGUGAAGCAGAGUUGUUAGGACCAGAUUUGGUUUAUCAAGCUAUGGAGAAAGUCAAGUUAAUACAGGAGCGUUUGAAA